AUGAGUGAAGAUGACUUAGAUAUACAACUCGAAGAAAUUCAAUCAAUUUCGGCAAUAUAUGGGGACCUCGUUAGUCUCGAUUCACCCUCGCGAUUGAACAUAAAAUUUGACUAUGAUGUACAGCUGACAAUUGAUUUGCCCCCUGAUUACCCAUCAUCCUCUGCUCCAACUUUUGAAAUAAGUGCUCCAUCAUUACGUGCAGCCCAAAAAGAUGAGAUAUCCGCACAGCUUCAGGAAGUAUACCUUCAAAAUUUGGGGCAGCAGAUCCUUUACCAAUGGAUAAAUGUUGUGAUAGAAUAUUUGGCGAAUUCCGAUAUGGACUGCAAUGGCAACCAGUCAACGUCUUCGGACGAAGGAACAGAGCUUAAUCAUAAUCUACGGGAAUCUGAGGUUCUUCAUAUUGAAGUCCCUCCAAUAUCUAGCGGGGACGUUUUGGUGGAUCGUAAAAGUAUAUUUCAGGCGCAUGUUGCACAUAUAAAGUCUAAAGAAGAGGCAAUGCUUGUACUAAACAAAUUAAAGGAAAAUGGCAAAAUAGCCAGAGCUACACACAACAUGUAUGCUUGGAUAACCGAAGAAAAUGCGAAUAGUCGGGUUACAAAGCAACAUGAUUGUGAGGAUGAUGGUGAGACUGGAGCCGGAGCAAAAUUGCUUCAUCUUCUCGAGCUUAUGAAGGCCAAAAAUGUUAUUGUCAUAGUUACCCGCUGGUACGGCGGAAUACAUCUUGGUCCAGAUCGGUUCCGUCAUAUUUGUAAUGUUGCUCGUGAAGUGCUGAAAGAGAAUGGUUUUUCAAAUCGGUCAUAA